UGGGUUAUGACGGCAAUUGACUCAUCCCUACGAUCGAAUAUCGCCUACAUGGACGACGUACACGAUCUGUGGGACGACUUGAAGGCGAGGUUUGCAGUUGGCGAUUCCAUGCGGAUCUACGAACUCAAAGAUAUGAUACGAGGUUGUAGGCAGAACGGAGAUUCAAUUUCGGCCUAUUACGGCCGACUGAAAACCCUUUGGGAUGAGUAUGAUGAGUACCGGGUGGCACCCAAGUGUGCGUGCAGCAGGUGCACGUGUGAUUUGGCAAAGCAAUUUGCUAAGCAAAUAGAAAAUGAAAAAGGCCAUGAUUUCUUGCUUGGUUUAGAUACGGAGAUAUUUGGAACCUUACGUUCAAAUAUCCUAAGUCAAGAGGAUCUUCCAACUUUGACUAGACUCUAUAACAUGUUCACCCAAGAAGAGCGUCAUAGAAAUAUGAUGCGAGGACGAGAAGAGCGGACUGAUGUUGUGGCAUUUGCGGCUGGACCUAGUUCGUUCCAUGUACGUACUGAACAGAAGGUCGUUUGUGCUUUCUGUAAGAAGCCCGGCCAUGAGAUUGACCAAUGUUUUAAGCGCACCGGAAAAUAUCCGGACUGGUGGUAUGAUAACCCCGGGAAGGGACGAGGAGGACGUGGCCGGGGUGCUGGACGUGGACGCGGCAAAGCUGUGGCAAAUGCCGUAGGUAUUGAUGAGUCACUUGGAUCCGAGGUGUCUCAGGUGGGGACACAAGCAGCGAACACCAGUCAGCCACCUUGUUUCACUGACGAGCAGUGGAGAGGUUUUCUGCAGCUCAUGGAAACGUAUAAGACAUCAUCGGUGUCGGCGGAAAAAUUAACAGGACCCGCCUACGAGGAUGCCGAUUGGAGUGGGUAGACGCCGCGGGGGAGUGUACUAUUUCCACAGUAUUGAAGAAACUCUGGCACUAGCAGUAGGAGAAGAAAAUAAAAGUGAGAUUUGGCAUGCAAGGCUCGGCCAUCCUUCACCAUCAGUAUUACGUAAAAUAUCUAGUUCCAAUCAUGUGAUUUCUUCUAUUAAUUUGUAAAAUAAACCUUGUGAUGCUUGUUUACGGGCCAAGAAAACUAGAGAUGUAUUUGGAAUAAAUUCUGCCAGAGCUAGUGAUUGUUUUGAAUUAAUCCAUUGUGAUGUAUGGGGUCCUUACCGUUUGCCUUCU